AUGUUCCGCUCCUCUUCGCUGACCAAUCAGAGAGCAGACGCACUGACGGCUCGAGUCAUUGGCGCUUUACCUACAGCUCACUGUCCAGAGCCGGGACAGAACCGGCGGCGUGUGUUCACCUUAACUCGACUUUUCAAACUUACCGGAUGGAGCGGGGUCGGGGAGCACCUACCUCGCGACAAAGCGGCGGUUGAAAUCUCAGAGGUGUUACCGGCGACUCUACGGAGCGGUCCCGUCAUGGCCCACAGCGGCUCCGGGUCGUUGCUGUACCGGCGGAACGCGCGGCUGGACUCGUUCCUGCAGCGGAAGCUGGAGCGGAGGGUGUACGAACGGAUCCGGGCUUACGAGCCGUGCGUGGUGCUGUCUGAGUCCAUCAACAAGGUGUACAUGCACGUGGUGCUCAACGACGAGUGCGUGUACCUCACCGAGUACCCGCCGCGCACUCUCACGGCGGCCGUAAGCUUCAGGCGCGUGCGUUACAUCGAGCUGGUGAACGACCUCCCAGAUUUCCUCACUGGGAAGCAUCAGAAACGCUGCCAGCACAUACGGAUCGUCUACGUCACCGAAAAACCUGCAGCGAAGCAACGCAAUUGGUUAAAGAGAGACAAGAAAGAGGGGCUUCCUCCUGCAGCCCCGCCCUCUCGCAGAAACAGCCACUGUCCUGAAAUAACAAGCACAUUACAAGAAUUUUCCACAGAGAGCAGCCAAUGGAGGAAGGAGGAGCUCCCCCCAGUGUUAAAGCACACCCGCUCAGCCUCGUGCCCGAACCCAGAGACUCUCGGCCUCAUAAGAGUCCCGCAGCCUCCCCCCUUUCACUCCCCCUCAGUCUCACCUGCCUCAUCGCCAUCGCUCUCAGAGAAAAGCCUGAAGAGCCUCGAGAGUGGUCAGUUACAAAGGAGGAUCGGUUCGGUCCUGUCGCGCCUGCUGAGACGAGGCUGCGUGGACAGCGAGGAGGAGCGGGAGGCGGAGCUCCACCUGUAUGCCGUCUCAGAGACGUCCAGACUUUACCUCCACCUGCAGAGCUUGUGGAACAGCUUCAGUAUUAGGUCCACCCUUUUGUUAGAUCCGCUCUACAGAAGGAGGAACUGCGCUUCAUUGUCUGCUCCUGCCAUCAGCUGGGAGCGGACGGCUCACCUGUUUGGCCAGCUGAGGUCCGAGCUCCUGCAGGACGGGAUCAGCGUGGAGAGUAUGUACCUGCUGCUGCAGGAGCUGAGGACCGCCGCGCACCGCAGCGUUAUGCUGCGCCGGCUCUUCUGGAGGUCCAGUGAGGUGUGUACUUUCCUGCUCUGCACUCUGGAGGGAUGUCUUCACGGCCGCCAGAGCCUCGGUGGACUCUACACAGCAGAUCAGCUCCUACUGAGCUCUCUGAUCGUUGACACGCUCGCCAUCAUGUUCAGAGAGACGGAGGUCGAAGCUGCCAGACUCAGCCUGCUCUCUGCCAAAAAAGGUGCUCUGGCCUCCCGAAUGCUGCUUGCCUUAAUAUGUGACCCUCAGCCACAAACUCACAGCGGAGGAUCUCUGAUGGACUCAGAGGUUAGCUGCUCUCUGCUCACAUCAAGUGUCUUUCAUGUGCCUUCGAUGCAUUAAACCUUGUGCUUCUUACAGCUUCAGGCCUUACUCGCUGAGUAUCUGGACACCGCCGCCUCUCUGCUCUUCGAACUGCUGCUCGUAGGCCACGUGACCAGCAGGUGUGUCUCUGCUGACAACUUCCUGUCUGUCGGUUGGAUCCUCAGAGUCCUGCAGCCUCAUCCCCACCUGCUCUCCUUCAUUGGUUACCAGGUCCAGCAGGUGGUGCUGAUUCUGACAGGCCUGCAAGGCUCAGUCCUGAGUCCUGUUCAGUCUGUCCUGCUGUUCCAGCGCCUCCACCUUCUGCUGGCCUGUCUGCAGUACAACAGCCAGCUGGCUCAGCAUCUGCGCUCGCAUUUCAGAGAGGAGUUCAGAUACUCUGUGAUGCCGUCAGGCUCUGAAGUGAAGCUGCCACCUCACUAUCCUAUAAGCCGACCCACUCUGAGACUUGUCGAGCACAUUCGAACUCUUAUGCUGCUCAGGUGACAGAACACCAGUGUGCUCCUAACCUUCACUUUACACAGGCAUCCUCAGUGAAGGAAGCAGGAUUUGGAGUCCUCGGGAUGAUCUGCUGAAAGUUUCUGGAUUAUUAUUUAUCACAGACAUCUUACUGUUACUGCAGACAGAGAGAUGGAGAUAUAUGCUUGGCCUGUAAAGACUGUUCAAAUGAUGUGCACUCCUAAUAACCUGAGCUGUUUUAAAUGCAACUUGUAUUUAGUUCUUUACUUGGCUCUCCUAAGCACAUAGUGAAGGAACCACUGUGAGGGACUGCAUGGUUUGAAGCUGUCUGCCCAUCGCCAUUUUGAUUUCCUGAAGCCAGAAGUUAACUUCUUGGACCGUCUGUUUAACUUUUUAUUUCGUUCUUUUUAUUUUUAACACAGAAAGACAACAUUCGCUGAUAUAGGACCGUUCAGUUUAAAAUAAUACAAACAAAGCUCCCCUCAAUUCAACUUCUUUAUAUAAUUUUGGUUCUUUUGGCUAAAAUAGAUGUUAAAAUGUUUUAGUCCACACAUAUUAGUCUUACUGGGCAAUAGCUAGUACAAUGCAUAGGAUCUUUUCCUUCCCUAUGCAUGACUGUAAUAAUUGCAUCCAACCAUAAAUUUGGCUGCUCUCCUGAGUUUAGUGUAGAGUUAUAUACUUUGCAUAAUUUGGGGGUUUAUUUAUUGUUUUUAAAUUUAGCAUCGACUCUUUUAUUUCAGCUUCUGUGAUCGGUACUACUAAUUUAGUUGCUUCCAUCUUUGACAGUUUAGCCAAUUUAAGGGAUUUAAGGAACUCUAAUUUUUUUGUUUCUGAGGUUUUUGUGCUUCCUCCUGUACAACUGUCUGUAAUAUUUUACAAAAGUAUUGAAUAUUUCUUUAGUUUGAGUUUCAAUUCUGGAUUUCUGAUCUUAGGAACUGUGCUUUUCUGAGCUGAAAGGCCAAUAACAGUUUUUAUUAAUAUAUCUGAGACCCUCUUCUGCCUUGUAUGGUAGGGGCAGAAGAGGCACUUGAGCCACGCAGUUCGUCUUGUAAUCAGAAGG